AUUUAAGUUAACACACAUCACAACCAGCACCCAUUUGCGAACAGAAAGGAAUGAGGGAUGGAGAGCGACAGAGAUAUUCACAAGAGUCCGUGGGAUACAGCUCGAGAUGUUCCCGACAUUGAAGAUAUACAGACGCCAUGGAAGCUGAUCAAAAUACUAAAGUUCAUCUCUUUGUGGGUCGUCGCUUUGUUUGUGUUUGGAUUGGCGCUGUGUAGCAAGACUUCACUCCUCCUCCUCAUCACCUUGUCCAACGAAGGCACAAAAACCCUCCAGGAGGACAUGAAACCCAUCGCUCUGCUUUGUAUCGGCUGUGCUCUCAUAACUCCCAGCGUCUUGAUAGUUCUUAAAAGUCUCUGGAAGGCAUGCUAUAAAACAUCAAAGCCGCCAAGAUUAUCAACUGUUGCCCUGGUUCUGUUCUUUGAGUUCCUUGUGGCUGGUGGUGCAUCGAUUCUUACUAUUGUGGCAAUGCCACAUUUGGACAUUGUGACCAACGUGACGAUCCUGAACGGUGUAGCCGUCUUCUCUGCGCUCUUACAGAUUAUCACUCAGUGCACCGCCAAAGAAAGGAACCACUCCCUAGUCCCAUCCAUCACCGCCUUCUUCCUAAUUCUGCUUGGUUACAUCCUGUUCCUCUACUUGUACCUAACGAAGGAUCCUACUGAUAAACAGAUGGCUAUUUGGGUGGGUCUCGCUGUUGGUGGGUCCUUCUUGGUGUCUCUCAACUGGUGGGAGAGCUACUUCAGACUGAUCAGCAAGAACAGCAACUCCGUCUUCCUCACGUCGCUGUUGAGAGACAUGAAGAAGUGCCAGAACUUACUGAACAUCCUCUCCAGCCUGCUCAGGAUCGUGGUGACUGCCUCUGUGCUCGGUGCCUAUAUCCCUUUAAACAAAAUGGACUGGAGCAUUGUGAAAUCAAUCCCAAGUCAUGAGACAAAGAUUAUAGCCAUCAUCAUUGGAGUCCAGCUGAUCUCCUCUGCACUCUGCCACUGGUUUUCUCUGAUAGCCUGCAAGAUGCAUGCUCUGCGGCGAUGCUUCAUCCUGCCUCUGUACCUGGCCUCUUUGGCCGUCAUGGUUCUGUUCAUUGUCCCAGUUAUCGUUUACUAUCAAGACUACAAAACAGGUCUAAAUGGCACUGCAAUCAACUUCACAGGCUACUGCAGUGAAGUUGUAGAUGGAAGGAACCAAAACCUGACAGGCAGUGUGUUCCAACAUCUGGUUUAUGAUGUUACACACACUCUGUGCUUCCUGGACAUGUCCAACAUACUUGACAUUGGCCUACUGACAGGUUCAGCAGUGUCCUGGUGGCUUGGCCUUGUCUUGGCCACUCUCCAUCUGUGGUACCUCAAGGUGUUACGUAUCCAGAGGACCCAGGACCUGUUCACCAGGAGGCUGUAUGAAGGGACUUUUAUAGAGCAGUCCUUGCUCCUCAACACCCGAUACGACAUCCAGACCAAAAACAGGAUGAAUAUUUCAGGGGCCUUGGAUACGGUGAUGGUGUAUCUGUGCGCGACUAUGUGGCACGAAAACUACGAUGAGAUGAUGAACAUCAUUAUCUCAAUAUUCAGACUGGACAAGUAUAGACCAAAGUACAAUCCUAAGCAUAUUGAUUUAACCUUUGAAGUCCAUAUCUACUUUGAUGAUGCAUUCGAAAAUGUGGAGGGGAGUCGGGGGCGUCACCUCAACACAUAUGCACAGACCCUUGUGGAAACCCUUGCAGAAGUUUAUGCCAUCUUCACCAGUAUCGAUCAGGGUUUCUUCAAAAAGAGUCAAAACAUUCCCGAUCAGAAGAUCAUUACUACGCCGUAUGGGGGUCGUCUGGUUGUCACCAUGCCUCAUGGGAACAUUAUCACGGUUCACUAUAAAGACAAAGAACUCAUCCGCCACAAAAAGAGAUGGUCUCAGAUCAUGUACCUUUACUAUCUUCUGGGCUGGAAACUUAUGAGCAAACAUUACGCACGCUUGCAGAAGGGAGGGGAAGAGGUCACCCUGAGAGCACAGGUCGAGAAAGAGAAACGCAACACAUACAUCCUGGCGUUAGAUGGGGACACAGACUUCCAACCGGCUGCUGUGAUGCUGCUCAUUGAUCGUCUAAAAAUGUACCCAGGUGUCGGGGCAGCCUGUGGCAGGAUUCACCCCACUGGAUCAGGUCCUGCAGUGUGGUUCCAGAAAUUUGAGUACGCUGUCAGUCAUUGGUUACAGAAGACAGCGGAGCACGUGAUUGGCUGUGUGCUAUGCAGCCCCGGUUGUUUCAGCCUGUUCAGAGCAGAGGCGCUAAUGGAUGACAACGUGAUGAAGAAAUAUUCCACCAAGUCCAUGGAGGCGAGCAACUACAUCCAGUACGACCAAGGUGAGGACCGCUGGCUGUGUACUCUGCUGCUGAAACAGGGAUGGAGAGUGGAGUAUAAUGCGGCCUCUGAUGCCUAUACCAACGCACCUGAAGACUUUAAAGAACUCUACAACCAGCGAAGGCGAUGGGGACCGUCCACAAUGGCCAACGUGGUGGAUCUGCUGGGAUCUACAACCGUGAUUUCCAAGAAAAACCCGUCCAUUUCCAAACUCUUCAUGUUUUACCAGCUCUUUGGCCUCGCCUCAUCAAUCCUGGCCCCUGCCACCAUUUGCCUUAUGAUUGCAGGUACUUUUACCUUCAUGUUCAGCUUGCAUGGCAGCGCUGCCCUGGUUCUGGCUGUGAUACCUCCUUUAAUCUACCUGAUUCUUUGCUUCUACAUCAAAUCGGACACUCAGAUCAAGAUUGCAGGCAUCAUGAGUGUCAUAUAUGCAUUCCUCAUGUUGGUGGUGUCAAUGUCAAUUAUUGGCGCGAUGGUGAGGGACAAAACCAUCCUGACCCCCAGCAGCCUUUUCGUUAUUGCCAUGGCGAUGAUUUACAUCAUCACAGCAAUCAUGCAUCCUCAGGAAAUCCAGCUGGUGUUCCACGGUUUACUCUACAUCCUCUGCAUCCCCAGCGCCUACCUCCUGCUUACCAUCUACUCCAUGGUCAACAUGAACAAUGUGUCCUGGGGCACCCGUGAGACAAAACCUGCAGCUGGAGCCGCCAAACCAGAGCCCGCAGCAAAGCAAACCAAUGUCCAAAAAGCGAAAAACACCUUCCAACAGCACUUCUCUUGGUGCAAAUGCUGCAAGAAAUCCAACCAGACAUCUGGAGGUGGUGUCAACCAGGAUAACCUGAUCCCUGAGUCCCCACAGCCUGAACUCCAGCCCCAGAACUCUGUUGUGGAGGACGUGAGGAUCCCAGAGCAGGAACAGAGGCAGCUGGAUCCUGUUUUCGACUCACCUACCCAAAGUUGGUUGACACAACUACAGAGUGUGUCUCGUGAUAUGAAGCUGGAGGAGGACUCUCUCGAGAAGGAGGAGGAAAGCUUCUGGAUAGAGCUUCAGAAGAAAUACCUUGAACCUCUGCUUGACGACAAAGAGAGACAGAAAAAGAUUGUCAACGACCUGCGAGAACUGAGAAACAAGAUAAACUUUGCAUUCUUCAUCGUGAACGCCCUGUGGCUGGUGGCAACAUUUACCCUCCAGCUCUAUGAAGCCACCUUCUCCAUUGAGCUGCCCAAGAUCAACCUUGACUUGGAGUAUACCGGGGAAAAUGUGAAAAUCGAACCCAUUGGCUUCAUGUUCAUUCUGGGAUUUGCGACAUCAGUUAUAAUCCAGUUCCUAACUAUGUUCUACCACAGAAUCAAUACUCUGAUCCAUUAUGUGGCCUUUCUGGAGACAGAGACCGUUCAGACAAAAUUUGAGACACAAGAACCAUACCUGCCAGGCAAAAAGGUCAGUUCGGUCUCCGAAACUGUCUCCACCUCCAACAACAACUAUGACUCAGACUCAGACUCUGAUGUGUUUGAUGAUGAUCUUUACACCAGAGAUCAAAAUGGAGCCACUCCGGUGUAAACACAGACUCUGUCUAAAAAAGUUUAUACCACUUUAAAAUUACACUAUAUAGGCUUUACCAAAUUGUCUUUAGUUUGUAUAUAUUAUUUAUGUUUACGUAGUCAGGCACAUCUUAUUAAUGAAGAGCUGUUAUUGAAGGCAAUUAAACACAUUUCAUCACAAAGUGAUCAACAGAUAUUCUAGAUGAAAUGGUUUAUAAAAUGUUUUUGAACAUUUGAAUUGAGAGGCAGAUAGAUCUGUACAUCAUCGGCAUAGCAAUGGAAGGGGAUGUUUUGUUUUGUGAGAAUUGAACCUAGGGGCAGUAUGUACAGUAGAAAAAGGAUGGGGCCCAGAAUAGAGCCUUGGGGAACCCCACAGGUAAGAGGGG